AUGCCAGAGGAGUUCUUCCGGUUCCCCUACCACGCGGCAACAUCAGACCUUAUCAGAUAUGCACUGCUGUAUCACCACGGAGGCAUCUACAUGGAUGCGGACUUCAUCGUCUUGAAGGAUCUGUCCCCCGUGGUCGACCGCUUGGCCGACCAUGAUCUGGUCUCCUAUGCCACGGUGAGCAACCCUCGCGGGGUGUGCUCAGACAGCUUCAGCUCGAACUUCAUUGCAGGGCGCAAGGGCAGCGUGUUCAUGAAAGAGAUGUGGGAGAAGCAGAAGAAAAUGAUUACGAAGCACUGUCCGCUUUCUGACAAGUCGAAAGAGAUUGUCUGCUGUUUCGACGACCCCAACAUCGAAUGUCACAUUCCCUUCGCUGGAAUCGGUGAGGGCACAUCUCACCCAAUGCUCAACCAGUUGCACAAGAACAAGGUCGACAUGAAGACCUAUUGCUUUGCAGACGACGAGUCCUUCGUGCCAGACCACUUCGCAUAUGUCCUCGAACACGUCCCAGACCUGGACCAGGCAAUCAAGUAUCUAGAAGAGAGGAAUAUCAAGCACGGACUGGAUCGCAUGGCCUUCCACAUGUUCAACUCCAUCAUACCUUUCAAAAAGUACAGCUGCAAGAAGCUCUUCACCAAAGGCACGACCGUGGGCCAACUCUAUCUGACGGCCUUCGGCACUGGACGCGGCACUGGGCCCCGAGAAGCAGAUGCCGGGGCCAAGGCCUUCCUCAAAGAACACCCAGACUUUCAAGAACUGCAGGGCAAACAUGAAGGCGGGUGGCCUUGCAAAGAUGCGCAUAAAGUCGCACCUUCAGUUUCGAAGUUCAAGGCCGGCUUUGCCGCCGAUGAUGCUCCGGCUCCGCCCCCCGAGCGCGAAGCACCCGCCGAAGAGGAAGGCGCCGGCAAGGAGCCCGCGAAUCCCACCCCUGUGGAAGCCACACGAGCUGCUCCCGAGUGCAGGAUCUACACCUACUGGGAGUACGAGGGCUUGGGGCCCCUCUACCUGCGCCUGAACGUCGAAUCGUGGCGGCGCAAUGCCCGGGCAUGUGGUGAGCCAGUGCUGGUGACCUUGGCCAAUGUCCGAGAACACGUUCCGGAUGUUCCAGAAGAGUUCUUUCGACUUCCUUAUCCGGAGGCCCGGGCCGACUUCAUCAAAUGGGGCCUCGUCUACAACAACGGCGGCAUCUUCAUCGAACCGGAUGUGCUGAUGACCCAGGACAUCGAGGCCCUCUUCAAGAAGACGGAGGAGUUCGACCUGGUCUCCUCGCAAGAGGAAUCCGAUGGCGUUUGCACGGACCAGUUCAACCCCGCCGUGGUAGCCGGCCCGCGCAAGAGCGUGUAUUUCAAGGCGGUCUGGCGAGCGCACAAGUCCAAGCUCCAGAAUCACUGUCCCAUCGCGGACAAGCAGAAGGAGAUUGUCUGCUGUUUCGAUGACAUCAACGAUGCUUGGCUGCCUCUAAAAACAGUACCGGCUUCAGGAGCACGCCCAAAGAAGAACUUCACCUCCAAGCCAGAGGGUGCUAAGUUGCGAGCACGCUAUUGCAAAGAGCCUUCAGGCUUGCUACUGUCGCAGAGGGUCGACCCCACGACACCUUCAUGCAUGGUGUCGCAGCUAGCGGCUAACGGUAUUGGUGGAGUUCAUGUGUUGAUAGUUUAUCAGCCCUAA